CCCGGACUAUUGCUUCUUCUGUUACAUCGUAGCUAAGCUUGUCCUUUGCCGGAGAUCUGUCCGUUGAGUUCUGUGAUUUGGAGCCUGCAUUGCAGUUAGCUUACAGCGAGUGAAGCGGCUUAUCUGACGUUACGACUUGCUAUCUUCUAUUAUCAACUUUAUUAUCGUAUCUUUUGUACUCUUGUAAAGCUUUUUUCUUUUAUCUCAAAUACAUUCUUCGGCCUCUUCAUGAUGGGCAACAUCGGCAACCUGAAUAUGGAUCACAAGGCUCACGUCUCAGAAAAUAGAACCUCUCCGAAACCCAUCAGCCCAAGUCGUAUACAUAAAGAUCUUCCCGGCUCUCCUCAUCAAGAAACUCAGGCGAGCAGUAUGAUUCGCAGGGCAGCGGGGAAAGCACCACAUGUCUGCGUUGUAGGGGCUGGCGUGGCCGGUUUGAGAUGCGCAGAUGUAUUGUUGCAGCAUGGCAUGCGGGUAACGAUCCUAGAGGGUCGGGAUCGCGUUGGUGGACGGCUAUGUCAAAGCAGUGCACUGGGUCACAUGGUAGAUCUAGGUCCGAAUUGGAUUCACGGCACGGAUAACAAUCCCAUCCUAGAUCUCGCCAAGCAAACCAAUACAGUGAUCAUGAACUGGGACGGCCGACAGUCAGUCUUCGAUCACUUGGGAAAGCAGAUGCCGGACAAAGAAGCAACCGAAACAUCGGAAGUAGUGUGGGGUAUCAUCGAGCAGGCAAUGAAACUCUCAAAUGAGGAAUCAGCCAAAAUACCAGCGGAGAAAAGUCUGUACGCGUAUUUUGAGGAGCAGGUAGUUGAAAUGUUCCCCGGGGAUAAGGAGAAAGGGAAACGGACAGCUGUUUUGCAGAUGGCAGAGAUGUGGGGAGCAUUUGUGGGAAGUCCGGUUCAGCGACAAAGUCUGAAGUUCCUCUGGUUGGAGGAGUGCAUUGAUGGGGAGAACUUGUUUGUUGCGGGCACGUAUCAUAAGAUUCUGCAGAAGAUUGCGCAACCGGCGCUGAAGAAGGCAGCGGUCAUGUUUGGGCAUAAAGUCACGAGGAUAGUGUCGAGCGAACAGGCGGAAGAUCCAAAAUUGACGGUUGAGCUGGAGGGGCGCGAGAGCCAGAUCUUCGAUGAGGUAGUCAUGACGGCGCCCUUGGGUUGGCUGAAGAGAAAUACUGAUGCGUUUGUACCUGCACUGCCAGAGAGGUUGCAAGAAGGCAUAAAGGCGAUUGGGUAUGGGAAUCUGGACAAGGUAUAUAUCACCUUUCCAACAGCUUUUUGGAACGACUCAACCACCAACACCACUACUACUGCCACCACCUCAAACACCACUCCAAACGUUCCAGCAACAGCCGCUCCCCUCCGUCCAUCCGCAGCUGUCAACCCAUCCCACUACCCUGGCUUCACACACUUUCUCGCCCCGCACUACACCCCCACAAACCCUUCCCACUGGAACCAAGAAGCCAUGAAUCUCGCCGCGCUCCCCCCGCCAACCGCCCACCCAACACUUCUCUUCUACAUCCACGGCCCGACAUCCCUCCACAUCGCAUCGCUCCUGCGUACAUCCCCAGCAUCAAAGCACGAUGCCCUACUAACCUCUUUUUUCGAACCAUAUUACUCCCUCCUCCCCUCCUACUCCGCUUCCAACCCCGACCACCAGCCAAAAGCCAUUCUCGCAACGGCCUGGGCAAACGACGAACUGGCGGGGUACGGGUCGUAUGCGAAUUUCCCCGUGGGGUUGGAGAGGGGCGAUGAGGAUAUUGAAGCUAUGCGCCGUGGUGUUCCGGAGAAAGGAUUGUGGUUUGCGGGAGAGCAUACGGCGCCAUUUGUGGCGUUGGGUACGGUUACUGGAGCGUGGUGGUCAGGAGAGAGCGUUGCAAAGCAAAUUGCGGGUGCGUAUGGAUUGGAAGGAGAUCUUGAUGUGGUGGCUCGAUAACGGUGUGGAGAUUUGGGUAUAUAAGAACGAUGUUUGGUCGUGCCGUACAAAUCGAUCUACGACGCUUUAGGUUUGUCAUGAUCAAAAUCUAAUCUUGCG